AUGAAAUUCCCUAUAUCAUUCUGUCGACCGUUCAGCACUUUCUCAAAUUCACAAAGACCCAUAAGUAAAUCAACCUCUUUGAAUUCGAUCAAGGAGCUUCACGCCCAGCUUGUAAGAGCCCAAAUGCACAUCGACCCAUCUUCUAUCUCUGAAGUUAUCAAGCAUUAUGCUCUUUCUCCACAAUCUUUGCCCAAGGCCCAUUUGGUUUUUAACCAAAUUCAGCGACCCACAUUGCUAGUUUGGAACCACAUGAUCCACGGUCUAUCAAAGAGCGAUCGACCUAAUGAUGCAAUUUAUUUCUAUAAUACCAUGUAUUACAAAGGAAUACAGGGGAAUCAUUUGACUUUGAUAUUCUUAUUCAAGUCUUGUGCAAGAGUUUCUGAUGUAAGGCAAGGUCAGAUGGUUCAUCUUCAUUCUAUGAAACUUGGGUUUGGAUCCUAUCUUUUUGUUUCUAACGCCUUGAUUCAUACGUAUGUGUGCUUUGGUGAGUUGGCCAUGGCACAAAAGGUGUUCGAUGGAAUGUUGGAAAGAGAUGUAGUUUCUUGGAAUUCUAUAAUUUGUGGAUACUAUCAAUUUAAUAGAUUUAAGAAGGUCUUGGAUCUUUUUAGGGAAAUGCAGGCUAUAAAUGUAAGAGCUGAUUCUUUGACAAUGAUGAAAGCUAUCUCAGCAUCCUGCUUUUUAAGUGAAUGGGAAAUGGGAGACUAUUUGGUGAAGUACAUUGAUGAACACGGUGUUGUGGUUGAUCUCUACUUAGGGAACACUCUGAUAGAUAUGUAUGGACGCCGUGGUAUGAUAGAUUUCGCAGGUAGAGUGUUUUAUCAGAUGAAAGAGAAAAAUAUAGUAUCAUGGAAUGCAAUGAUUAUGGGGUAUGCAAAAGUAGGGAAUUUAGUUGCUGCAAAGAAGCUUUUUAAUCAAAUGCCUUCAAGGGAUGUGAUCUCAUGGACCUCCAUGAUCAUAGGCUAUUCUCUAGCUAAGCAGCAUGCUGAGGCAGUGAAGCUUUUUCAAGAAAUGAUUGCGUCUAUGGUGAAACCAGAUGAAAUAACUGUAGCUACUGUACUUUCUGCUUGUGCCCACUUGGGCUCACUUGAUGCGGGAGAGGCAGUUCAUGACUACAUACGCAAUCAUGACAUCAAAUCAGACGUUUUUGUAGGAAACUCUUUGAUUGAUAUGUAUUGUAAAUGUGGCGUGGUUGAGAAGGCACUACAGGUUUUUAAUGACAUGAAAACUAAAGACUCAGUGUCAUGGACUUCUAUUAUUUCAGGUCUUGCUGUGAAUGGUUUUGCCGUGUCUGCACUUAAUGUAUUUGAUCAAAUGUUGAAAGAAGGUAUUUGCCCAACUCAUGGGACUUUUGUAGGGGUUUUAGUAGCUUGUGCUCAUGUAGGAUUGGUAGACAAGGGAGUGGAACACUUUAAGAGCAUGGAAAACACAUAUAGACUUGCACCAGAAAUGAAGCAUUAUGGAUGUGUUGUGGAUCUUAUGUGUCGUUCGGGUUAUCUGGACAUGGCCUACAAUUUCAUAAAGAAAAUGCCAAUGGUUCCUGAUGUUGUAAUAUGGAGAAUAUUGUUAAGUGCUUGCAAGCUUCAUGGAAAUUUGGUGUUGGCUGAGAUUGUCUCAAAGAAGCUUCUUGAAUUAGAUCCUAGUAACAACGGGAAUUAUGUUCUCUCUUCAAGCACAUAUGCAGGGUCAGAUAGGUGGGAUGAUGUUAUAAAGAUUAGAGAACUGAUGGAAGUGACUAACAUACAGAAACCAUAUGCUUAUAGUUCCAUUGAAGUGAGAAUAUAAGCAUGUAUUUACCGAACAACUUGAAUAAGCUGAGUGCUUCUCCAAUGCACUGGUUUACUGGAUCAAUUACUUCGCCGGGCUAUAAAUACCACCCUCCAGAUGUGUCCAUAUUCUUGAAGUGUGAACUCUCCCAAGCUAAAUGGAUCCAUGUUAAGAAAGAUUGUUAUUGUUGAACGAACCUUUACAGAGUUCUAUAGAAGUUUGAAAGCAUCCUUCAAGAUAACUACAGAACGUUUUAAAUGUUCUGCUUUUGCCUAUAUAAGCUUCUAUCCUCUUUGUUCAGUUUGACUUUGCAUUCUACAUAAACCCUCAUGACUAGUCUUUCCAUCAUCUUGGACAAAUCAGUGCAGUGCUUCACUUUAUUUAUGACUUCAAGUACUUGAUGGUGGUCUUCUUAAAAUAUAGCGAUUCUUAUAGCUAAGGGAAGAAGCGAAGCUUAAUUAAUGUGUCAAAUUUACUAUUGGUGCCCCAUCAAGAUAUUCCUAUAUCUUUGCCGUUAAGAAAAUUAGGGGAGCACUCACUUUUCUUACCAACCGAUGGUUCAUCCAGCAGAUCUGGGUUUUAAAUUGCCUAAAAUGUCAGCAUAGAGGGAGGAGCCAUGUGUGAGCCUUAAGUGUUGGUGUUCAUGCUUGUCGAUGUGCUAACAUUGGUCCAUAAACAAUUGUUUUGGUCAUGGGAGCUGGACCAAUUGGGCUUGUCACUAUGACGGCUGCUUGUGCAUUUGGUGCACCCCGGAUUGUCAUUUUCAAUGUGGAUGACUAUCGAUUGUCUGUUGCAGAGGAUCUUAGAGUUGAUGAAGUUAAACAUUCAGGUUUCUUGGACUUAUGAAAUCCAUUUGAAACUCUCCAUCCUUUCAUAACACGAACACCUUCAGUCAUCUAUAUUGACCUGUCCAGUUUUUAUGAUCUGUGUAGAGAGCUUAGUGAAAAUUGGGCGAAGCUUAAAUUCACACUCAGAGAAAUGCCAGUGUCUUUGAAUCUUACAAAGGUCUAGAAUUGUCAAAAUACAUGGUUUUACUGUUGAUUACUAGAAAAAGCCAUGAAAACUAAGGUAGAUGUGAGUAACUUGGCUGGCUUUAACAAGACAAUGCAAACAGCCUCACGCGCCACUCAUGCUGGUGGCAAAGUUUGUCUUGUUGUGGGUCACAAUGAGAUGACUGUUUUAUAGAAAUACACGAUAAAACCAAGUGUUUUUAGGUACUUGGACUUUCCUUAUCUUGAGAUAACUCUCAAGUCCUAAUCCAUAUUCCAAAAUACUGCUUACCUCUCCCAUCCCCCUAUCCUCUAUUUAUAACGAACUUUUCUAACAAACUGUUAGAUACCUAGAUUAAUAUCAGGUGGGGGUAUAAAGGUAAUUAGAUAUGUGGCAGUUAGAUGGUUAUAAAUAGGAAGUUGGGGAGAGAAGAGGGGGCUGAAGGAAAGGGCUACCUUACUCCUUGAGAGAUAGGAGAAGCAGAAGGAUCAGGUUACUUUGUUCUUGUUAUUUGUGUAUUUCGAUUUCCAGCAUUAUCAUUUAGUUGAGUAUUUUGUUCUUGUUCUUGUGUACGUUUUCCUUGUAAUCUUUGAGUAAGUAUUAGAUAUCAUUUAGUAUCCUAACACGAGCUCCCUAUCUAAUUGCUAAUGUCCUAAUAAUCCCAAAAGCCUUUGGGCUAUAUUAAUAAUUAAAUAGUGGUUUGUUAGGGAGGUUGGUUAUAUACAGAGUGUAGGGGAAUGGAGAAGCUAAGUAAUAUUUUGGAAUAUGGAUCAGGGCUUGGGAGGGUCUAAUUGCUUUAUUUUGCGUAUUUCUGUUAUCUUUUUAUAUUCAAUGUAUCCGGGUUCUAUCAUUGUUCCCUCGACACCUGCUAUCUGCAUACACUAGUUCUUUUUCCAUUUUACAAAGUAUAAUAAGCUUUGUAUGGCAGGGAAGUCGUUUUGAUUGGUGUGUUUUGGUACAAAAACACAUGGCCUGUGUGCUUGGAGUUUAUAAGAAGUGGUAAGAUCAAUGUGAAGCCACAUAUGACACAGAUUUGGUUUCUCACUGAAUGAGGUGGAAGAUGCCUUUGAAACUAGUGCUCGUGGUGGUGAUGCUAUUAAGGUCAUGUUCAACUUGCUAACUCUCAUACUUUGAGAGAUGGACACAAAAUACUGUGUUUUUGCAUGUCUUAGAUCAAUUGUCCUCGAGAGAAAAUUAUUAUCAUAAAAUGAAUCUUAAAUUUUAUUUAGAACUGGGUUUUAGUUGUAUGUUACUUAGCUUCUUUUUGCACCUAUUCAAGUCUUAGUAAUGGUUGUCAUAAGUUACCGAGCUUUCCUCUUUAUACUUAUCUAUUACUUAGAUAUGUUCUUUAAACAAUGACAUGUUUAUAAAUAUUUCAAAUGAGUAUGUUCGAAUUCUCA